AUGAGUUCUUCAUCAAGCUCUCGCGAACCUUCACCAUCUAUGAAACAAACUUUACCAAACGAUUAUGGAGCACCUAUUGAAUAUUUCUUACGAGCUGCACAAUGGCAAAGAGCAGUCUCACCAAGGUUAGGUGUUCCACCAGCUCCUGUCAAAAAUAGCAUUUGGUCAAGUCCUUAUAUAAGAUAUGGUCUCCCACUAGGUUUGCUAGCUACAGCAGGAGCAGUUAUGAUGUUGAAAAGAAACAAAGCAAAUGUUGUAAAUAAUACUGAAGUAGCUGAAGUUAAACAAACUCCAACGCCUUCACAAGCAAAACCUUCAAUGACUCCUGAACCUAUGAAAGUACAAACUCCUGUUCAAAAGUCAACUCCUAAACCGACUCCAACAUUUAAACCAGAACCUACUCCUCAAAUAAAUCGUAAAACUCCUGCGUUUCCUUACUGA